AAUAUGUUUCAAAGGAUUAAUUACUAAAAGCAUACAUAUUGUGAAAUUGUUUAAUAUGCAAAAAGGCAAAAGUUUUUAGUGUUUCAGACAAAAUAAAAAUUUUAAAAUUUGUGAGACAUGAUAAUUUGUUUUCAGUUUAAAGUGAUUUUAAAAGUGAUAAAUAUUCUAUAGUGUUUUUAGUUCAUAAAUUUAAAUUUCGGACGUAAUGGCGUCAAAUGGUCUUCGCCAUCAAAAUGCAAGCGAUGAUGGCGUUUCAGAUGGAGAAAGUACACCACUUACACAAGAUAAUUAUAAUGGAAGCCAACGAACCGUACAAGAAACAAAAGGAUGGGACGUCUUUCGAAAUCCACCACGCAAGGUGGAUUCUGGAUCAAUGGCAAAUCAACGAUGUUUCGAAAUCACUGCCAAAAUAUUAAAAAUAUGCGCUUAUCUUAUAACAUUUGCAAUUGUUUUGGGUGGUGCCACGAUAUCCAAAGGAGCAAUAUUAUUUAUGACAUCACAAUUAAAGAAAAAUAAAGUUGUUCCAUAUUGUAAUAGAGAAAUUGGUCGUGAAAAACAAUUUAUAGUACAAUUACCAGAUGAAGAGCGUAUAGCAUGGACGUGGUGUUUAUUUUUUGCAUUUAUUAUACCAGAAAUUGGUACAUUAAUACGUGCAUCCCGUAUAUGUUUCUUUAAAUCGUGGAAGAAACCGCCAUUCCAUCAUUUUUUGUUAGUUUUUACUGCCGAAACAUUGCACACUAUUGGUCUUGCAAUGCUAGUCUUUGUUAUAUUACCCGAUCUCGAUGUUGUUAAAGGCGCAAUGUUAACGAAUUGUAUGUGUAUUAUUCCUGCUAUUUUAGGUUUAUUAUCAAGAGGUAAUAAAGAAUCCAAACGAUUUAUCAAAGUCAUUGUAGAUUUAUUAGCAAUAGCAGCUCAAGCAACAGGUUUUGUUGUAUGGCCAUUAUUGGAACAACGAAAUCAUCCGCAUUUAUGGAUUAUACCAAUAGCAUUAGUAUUUAUAUCAUGUGGAUGGUGGGAGAAUUAUGUAUCAAUUGAUUCACCAUUAUCUAUCAUGAAAAAAUUAGCAAAAAUUAAGGACUCAUUUAAGAAAACGAAGUAUUUUAUGUACAUAUUUAUAUCGACGUGGAAGAUUAUAUGUUUCUUCUGUGCAAUGCUAGUAGCCCAAGUAUUGAAAGGCGAUAGUGUGUCAGAUUAUUUUACAAAAAUGUCAGCUGGAUUUGGUAAACAUGAUAUUAUUGUUAAAGAGAUUAAACCAAUCCUAGGUGGUACAAUGACACCAGAUAUUGCAGAAAUGAUACCAACCGGUGAAGAUUGGAAUAUACCAGCUGAAUAUAGUACAAUAUAUUACGUAUUAAUGAUCCAAAUAUUGGGUGCAUAUUUAUGUUAUAUUUUUGGAAAAUUUGCAUGUAAAAUUAUGAUACAAGGAUUCAGUUACGCUUUUCCCGUCAAUCUAACUGUACCUGUUUUAAUAUCAUUGUUAAUUGCUGCAUGUGGAUUACGUAAUGGAGAUCCUUGUUUCUUCCACGAUUCGAUUCCGGAUUAUUUAUUCUUUGAAAGUCCCCCCGUAUAUUUUUUGAAUGAUUUUAUCGCCCAUCAACAUGCUUGGGUGUGGUUAUUGUGGCUAUUAUCACAAACAUGGAUUACGUUACAUAUUUGGACACCAAAAUGUGAACGUUUAGCCACAACUGAAAAAUUAUUUGUAUCGCCUAUGUAUGAUGCCAUUUUGGUGGAUCAAUCUAUGGGUAUGAAUCGACAACGAGACGAUCAAGCAGAAGUUAAAAGCGAGGAAUUAGAGGAAAUUGUUAAGGAGAAAGAUGAAGACUAUUACUCAGUGAUAUCAGAUAAUGCCGUGAAAUCAUCAGAUAAAAUUACCAGGAUCUUUGCAUGUGCUACUAUGUGGCAUGAAACUAAAGACGAAAUGUUGGAGUUUUUAAAAUCUGUGUUACGUUUAGAUGAAGAUCAGUGUGCUAGGCGAGUAGCGCAGAAAUAUUUACGAGUUGUUGAUCCAGAUUAUUAUGAAUUUGAAACUCACAUAUUCUUUGACGACGCUUUCGAAAUAUCCGAUUACAAUGACGAUGACAGUCAAGUGAAUAAGUUCGUUAAGCUAUUAGUGGAAACAAUUGAUGAAGCUGCAACAGAUGUUCAUCAAACACGUAUUCAUAUACGUGCACCAACUAAGUGCCCAACACCAUAUGGUGGUCGUUUAGUUUGGACAUUACCAGGAAAAACCAAAAUGAUUGCCCAUUUAAAAGAUAAAUCAUUGAUACGUCACAGAAAACGUUGGUCUCAAGUAAUGUAUAUGUAUUAUUUACUUGGACAUCGCUUAAUGGAGCUACCAAUUUCGGUGGAUCGUAAAGCUGUUAUCGCUGAAAAUACAUUCUUAUUAACUUUGGACGGGGAUAUUGAUUUCCAACCUCAUGCUGUACAAUUACUGAUUGAUUUAAUGAAAAAGAAUAAGAAUUUAGGAGCUGCAUGUGGUCGAAUUCAUCCAAUUGGAUCAGGUCCUAUGGUGUGGUAUCAAAUGUUCGAAUAUGCUAUUGGACAUUGGCUGCAAAAAUCUACCGAACAUAUGAUUGGAUGUGUACUUUGUAGUCCUGGAUGUUUUUCACUUUUCAGAGGUAAAGCUUUGAUGGAUGACAAUGUCAUGGCAAAAUAUACAACACGUUCAGAUCAAGCUCGUCAUUAUGUACAAUACGAUCAAGGAGAAGAUCGUUGGCUUUGUACACUUUUAUUACAACGUGGAUAUCGUGUAGAAUAUUCAGCUGCUUCAGAUGCCUACACACAUUGUCCGGAAGGUUUUAAUGAAUUUUACAACCAACGUCGUCGAUGGGUACCAUCUACUAUGGCAAAUAUUAUGGAUUUACUUAUGGAUUAUAAGGAGACAAUUAAAAUUAAUGAUAAUAUUUCGUUACCGUAUAUUUUCUACCAAAUUCUUUUGAUGGGUGGUACAAUUUUGGGUCCUGGUACAAUAUUUCUUAUGUUGGUGGGAGCUUUUGUUGCUGCGUUCCACAUUGAUAACUGGACUAGUUUUUAUUACAACAUUUGCCCAAUUCUAUUAUUCAUGUUAGUAUGUUUCACAUGCAAAUCUAAUAUACAGCUACUCGUCGCUCAAAUAUUGUCUACGGCGUAUGCUUUAAUUAUGAUGGCUGUAAUUGUUGGUACAGCAUUGCAAUUACGUGAGGACGGUUUAGGUUCACCAUCGGCCAUUUUCUUAAUUGUAAUGACGGGUACGACGUUUAUAGCCGCUUGUCUUCAUCCACAAGAGUUUAAAUGUGUUAUUCCUGGUAUUAUUUAUCUCCUUUCCAUCCCAUCUAUGUACUUGUUACUUAUAUUGUAUUCCAUAAUCAAUUUAAAUGUUGUCUCUUGGGGUACUCGUGAAGUUGCCACAAAGAAAACGAAAAAGGAACUUGAAGAAGAACGUAAAGCUUUGGAAGAGGCUAAAAAGAAAGCUAAGCAAAAGUCUUUACUUGGAUUUUUACAAGGUGGUUCAGGUAAUAAUGACGAUGAUGAGGGAAGUAUUGAAAUUUCUCUAGCUGGAUUAUUCAAAUGUAUGUUAUGUACCCAUCAAAAAAGUACUGAUGAAAAGCAACAAUUAUUACAUAUUGCGGAUUCUUUGGACACAUUAAACAAAAAAUUACAUAAUAUUGAAAAGAUAGUAGAUGUUCAUGGCCACCGCCGCCGAACUACAUCACAAAGUUCGCGGGACCCACAACAUAUGCAAACAUUAAAUGAGAAAUCAAAUGAAACUGAUCAACCAACUGAUACAGACACUGAAACCGUUUCCACUGUACCAAAAGAAAAACGCGAUCAUUUAAUUAACCCAUAUUGGAUUGAAGAUAGUGGUUUACGUAAUGGUAAUGUUGAAUACAUAUCAGCUGCCGAAAACUCAUUUUGGAAAGAUAUGCUCAAAAAAUAUUUAUAUCCAAUUGACGAUGAUCCACAAGAGAAGGCACGUAUCGCCACUGAUCUCAAAGAUCUUCGGGAUCAAUCCGUAUUUGCAUUCUUCAUGUUGAAUGCGCUGUUUGUCUUAAUUGUAUUUUUACUCCAGUUAAAUAAAGACAAUUUACACAUAAAAUGGCCGCUGGGUAUCAAGACAAACAUAACCUAUGAUGAGAGUACACAAGAGGUGCAUAUUACGAAAGAAUACCUUCAGUUAGAACCUAUUGGUUUAGUAUUCGUAUUUUUCUUUGCACUUAUCUUGGUAAUACAAUUCAGUGCUAUGUUGUUCCAUCGUUUUGGAACAUUGGCUCACAUUUUGGCAUCUACAGACCUAAAUGUGUAUUGCUCAAAGAAGGCUGAAGAUCUAUCACAAGAUGCCAUAAUAGAUAAAAACGCGGUGGAAUUAGUAAAACAAUUACAAAAACUGCGUGGUAUAGACGGAGACGGGGAGUAUGAUAAUGACUCUGGAUCGGGACGCGAUGUCAGCCGACGUAAAACUAUACACAAUUUGGAGAAACAUGCAAAAAGAAAACGUCAAAUUGGUACAUUGGAUGUUGCAUUUAAACGGCGAUUCUUUAAUCUGGAUGCUAAUUCUGCGAAUCCAGGUACACCUGUAUUAACUAGAAAAAUCACUAUGAAACGUGAAACAAUCAAAGCUCUAGAAGUACGUCGUAAUUCAGUGUUAGCUGAACGUCGAAAAUCACAAAUGCAAACAUUAGGAGCAAAUAAUCAUAAUUAUAGUGGUUUAAAUAACAAUAUUUAUGGGCGAAACCAUCGAUCAUCAACAGCAGGUAGUGUCCGAAACUUAUUCGGUCCACCCAACGACGGUGGUAUAGUCAAUAAUGCCUAUGAAGGUACCAUAUCCGAAGAUGAACAUGAUAGAACUUCAGUGAGAAUGGAUCGAAAUGUUGUUUUUAGACAAUAAUUUAUAUGUAUAAAAUUAAAUAAACAAAACGCUUGCCCCAAAAUAUGACAAUA